ACGGAAAAAAUAUAAAAUCGCAUAAAUCUCUCUCUCUCUCUCUCUCUCUCUCGUUUUGGGGAUGGCGGUGAGGAUAUCAGUGGAGAAGCUAGAUUUGAAUUCCAAUUCCAAAUCUUCGAGAAAACUCACCACCCUCCAAUCCUCUGCAGGAUUACCUAAGAAGACAAAGCCUCCAACUUUGUUUAGUUUGUGCCUAGGAGUUGUCGGGAAGCAUUUGGAGGAUAUCAUUGAAGACUUGGGUGAGAUUGCCAUCAACUUUCCGGCAGAUACUAAGAUGGCAAUUGCAGCAAUUGCAAGGAGAAGAAGGCUGCUCAAUGAUGAAGUCAUCAUCUCUUUGGCUGAUAGUUCCUGGGAAGUUCUUGACAUUUCUGGUUCAGAUGUCUCUGAUCUUGGCUUAGUGAAAGUGGUGGAAACAUGCAAAUUUCUCCGAGCCGUGGAUAUUAGUGGGUGCUAUAAAAUUACUACCACUGGAUUUUCUGAACUUGUGGAGAAUUGCCACUCAUUAGAAACAUUAAGAUGCGGAGGUUCCCCAAGGAGUGACUACACUGCACGUAGAUGCUUGGGUCUAUUUAAACCAAAGCUGAUUGACGCAGAUGGCGAUUCAUGGGAGGAGCUUGAUGCCGCAGAAAUUGCAAAUGGUGCAGGGUCACUGCGCUGGCUUGUGUGGCCAAAGAUUGAUAAAGAUUCUUUGGAGAUUUUGUCCACUGAAUGUCCACGCAUUAUGGUAAAUCCCAAGCCAUCAUCACCCUUUUGUUUCAGGGGAGAUGCAGUACCAAGGGAAGCAUUGCCAAAUAUUACAUUGGAUGAUCCUGUUGUCAAGGAUAUUGAUCCAACAACAUGGGCAGUGUGUGGGUUUAAUCCAAAGACUCUCUCUUCUCCAUCUCUUUCAAGCCGCCCUGAAUUGUCUGUUGCUGAAAAAUUUAGACUUGCAUUUGUGGAAAGAGACACUCGGUUAGCACCGAAGCGAGCAAAGAACGCAAGGCAACACCAGCGGCGUGCAGAGAGGGAGUGGAUGAUGACGGAUACAAGAGCCAAGGCAGUAGCUCUGGCCUCACAAACCAGCAAAUCUCUACACAGUUGGAACUAAUGUCCUACCAUUUACAACAUUCUAUUAUGCUGUAUUACCCUGUAAUGUGCUUGCUUUUGACUGUACAGUAGUAUUUAUUUUGAUUGAAAAGGGAGUGUUUGGAGAUGAAGAAUGUUUCCCAACAAAUUUGUAUACCGGACAAACAAUAUUUAUAAUCGACGACCAUAAAGAGGACGAUUUUUCUUCACUAA